AAUUUGUCGUCUCGCUCCAAAAGCUGGUUCUCUACUAUGUAUACUUAUCCAAUCCAGUCACAGCCAUACUAUCUUCAAACACCUCCAAUCCAAUCAGAACCGUAAUGUCUUGAAACACCUCAUCCCUCAUACUUUUCCUUUUUCAAGUGAUCACGCAACUUCACUACAGCUUCCUUUUCAGUUUUACCACAACUAAAAAAAAAAGGAGAGAGAGAGAGAGUAGCAACUGAAAAAAUGGAACAACUGAAGCCAAGUGCUGCAAACUCUUCACCUCUCACUCCACUAGGUUUCUUGGACAGAGCAGCAACUGUUUACGGAGACACACCUUCCGUUAUCUAUGACGGCGUUACCUUCACCUGGUCCGACACUCGCCGUCGCUGCCUCCAGCUGGCCUCUGCUCUCUCCUCCCUAGGAAUCCGCCGCGGCGACGUGGUGUCCGUCGUCGCACCAAACAUACCCGCCAUGUACGAGCUCCACUUUGCAGUCCCCUUCGCCGGCGCUAUCCUCAACAACAUCAACACACGCCUCGAUGCCAGAACCAUCUCCGUCAUCCUCCGUCACGCGGAGUCCAAGCUCGUCUUUGUGGACACAGCCUCACGUGAUGUUGUCCUCGAAGCUCUCUCUUUGUUCCCCGAAAAUCCCCGUCGUCCGAUCCUCAUCUUUAUAGCGGACGAUGCGGUCGAACGACUAACUCCAUCAUCAACCGUUCAUUUCAAAGACUCGUAUGAAGGUUUAAUCUCCAAGGGCGAUCCGAAUUUUAAAUGGUUAUAUCCUAACAGCGAGUGGGACCCGAUGAUACUUAACUACACCUCCGGAACUACGUCGUCUCCUAAAGGCGUAGUUCACUGCCACAGAGGAACCUUUGUUAUGACUGUUGAUUCGUUGAUAGAUUGGGCGGUUCCGAAACAACCGGUUUAUCUCUGGACUCUACCGAUGUUCCACGCUAACGGAUGGAGCUUCCCGUGGGGGAUGGCCGCCGUUGGAGGAACGAAUAUCUGCGUCCGCAAAUUCGACGCGCGGAUCGUGUUCUCCCUCAUCACGCGCCACCGCGUAACUCACAUGUGUGGCGCGCCGGUGGUGUUGAACAUGCUCACAAACGCUCCCGACAACAAGCCGUUGGAGAAUCCCGUUCACAUCCUUACCGCCGGAGCGCCACCUCCCUCGGCGGUGCUCCACCGCACGGAGUCUUUAGGAUUCAUAGUCAGCCACGGGUACGGCCUGACCGAGACUGGAGGACUGGUCGUGUCGUGCGCGUGGAAGAGGAAGUGGAACCAUUUCCCGGCGGCGGAGAGGGCGAGGUUGAAGUCUCGUCAGGGAGUAAGAACAUGCCUACUGACGGAAAUGGACGUGGUGACCCCAGCGGGAGAAAGCGUGAAGCGUGAUGGGGUAACGCUGGGUGAGGUAGUUAUGCGCGGAAGCUGUGUGAUGCUUGGAUACCUUAAAGAUCCCGAAGGAACAAGAAAAUGUUUCAAAAAUGGUUAUUUCUACACCGGCGAUGUUGGUGUGAUGCAUGAAGACGGUUACUUGGAGAUAAAGGAUAGGUCAAAGGACGUUAUAAUCAGCGGCGGCGAGAACUUGAGCAGCGUGGAGGUGGAAUCCGUGCUUUAUAUGCACCCAGCAGUGAACGAAGCGGCGGUGGUGGCGAGGCCGGACGAGUACUGGGGGGAGACGCCGUGCGCGUUCGUGAGCGUGAAGGAGGGGAAGGCGGUGACGGAGAAGGAGAUAAUUGAGCAUUGCAGGAAGAACAUGCCAAAGUAUAUGGUUCCCAAAACGGUUGCGUUUAGGGAGGAGCUUCCAAAGACUUCCACCGGAAAGAUUCAGAAGUUUGUUCUGAGACAAAUUGCUCAAGAAAUGGGACCCAUCAGACACAGCAAAAUGUGAAUAAGUUGCUUUGCGUUGAUUCUUAGCAUGGAAUUUUUGUAACAGACAAGGAAAGGUGAAAUAGAUGGGUUUACUACAAAUUUAAUU